CACAAUAUAUAUAAACAGUAGACAUGCAGUUGUAGUUUUGGAAGAAAAUGUAUUCAUCUUUUGAGUCUGUGAUCUAUAUAACAGACAAACUGGUGUAAAUGAACUGUGUACAAACUAAAGUCAUGUUUAUUAAGUAAGAUACGUUUAGCCUUAAACGUAAAAUAGUUGUUUAUAUCAUAUUUCUUUAAGUUCAAUUUGUAUAUUCUGUGAAACCACAAAUGCUUCCUAUUCUGUGUUUUUCUUAUUGUAUGUAAUUUGUGAAAAAAUGUGCUAUAAUAAUUAUAAUAUACAGUACUACUAUAUACUACUUUAUAGCCCAUGCAGUUAAAUGUGGAUAUAGAAUUGGAUAUACUUAAUUGUGUUGUUGGCCGAAUGGCAGCACUGUGCUAAUGGGUAUAAAUAGAGUGCUUAUUAUUUAUUAAAAUCUAUAAAAAAAAUAACCAAAUGUCCAAAAAAAAUUUAAAAGCUGAAAUAAGACUAUUUCAGUAACGAUUUAUUUAUUUUUUGAAAUAUCUACUUCGUUUUUGUAGUUUUUUUGCAAUUGUUCUAGUUUAACCACUUGAUUAUUGUGUAUAGUUGCAAUCUUUAUCUGCAUAUUAAAUCUUAUGCUUGCAUUCAUCAUAUUAUUAUAAAGCAUUUCUGUUUCUUUAAUUUAUUGAAGGUUUAAGGUGGCUAUACUAUAGUAAAAGAUUGUUACACACAUUUAACAUGGAGCAAAGAUUUGCACUUGGAAUGACCCCUGACAACACUAAAGUCAUGAGAAUAAUGGGAGAAUUUCAUGACUUUAUGUCAGCGGCAAAAGAAAAUUCAAUGCAGCAAUCAUCACACAUCAGUGCAAUUCCAUUUAGCUUGCCAAGUGAUGAUGAUCAUAAACAAUCUACUGCUUUGCAAGUUUCUAAUGUUCUCUCUAAGGUGAAACUCAAACAACUGGAAUCAAAUCAUUCAUCUUCGGAGAAGUUGCUCAUCCAGAGAACUGUGAAUUUGGAAUCGAAGAUAAAAGAACUUGAGAUGGAAAAACAGAUACUACAUGAGAGAUGUAGCAAAUAUCAAGUACAAGUGACCGACCUAACUCAACAAUCCAUUGAUUUGAGCGAUAAAGUGAAAGAUCUUGAGCAAACCAAACAUGAGGAGAUUUUAAAAUGGGAGGAAAGUGCAAUGGAGAUACAGAGAUUAAAACAACAGAAUGAACAAAAAUUUGCAAUGCAAACACAAAUGCUAAAUGAAAGAAUCAAUGAUUUAAUGAGUCAGAAACUGACAAUGGAGAAGGAGGAACAACUUUUUGAAAUCAAUCAGGCAGAGCUUUGUAGCCAAGUUGAACAAUACAAGUCGCAAGCACAAGCUGCAUAUCAACUGCAAGCGAAAUAUGAUGAAAAAACUAACCAAGUGUUGCAAGCCGAACACACGAUACAUGAACUAAAAAUGAGACUCGAAAAUGUACAAGAGGCUGAAAAUAUGGCACAUAUUCUUAAACAAGACAUGAAUCGACUGCGACAGUUGGAAAUUGAUGUUUCUCAUUUAAGCAGAGAAAAUUCAAAUCUUAAGUUAAACCAAGAAAAUUGUGCUUUAUUAAAAGAGCAGCUAAUCGCUGCAAAUACAAAACUACAAAGGUUGGAGGAAAAAUGCAACGAAAUUCCAAAAAUUGUGGCAGAAAAUGAGGCUUUGAAAGAAAAACUUAAUAAAACACAGAAUGCUACAACUGCCAAUGUUGAUGAUAAUGUAUCACUCUUGCAGAAUCAUUCUUCCUUCAAUGCUAAACUAGAAAAAGAAAUUGAAACUUUGAAGGAACAAUUAGCUACUAGUAAAAGCAGGUCAUUGGAAGAUCGAAAGAAUGCAGCAGAAUAUGAAAUAAAGUUUACAGAACAGACAGAAGCGAUAUCUUCUUUAAAAGCUCAAUUAAUCCGACUUAAAAAGCGAGCGUCCUUGUUUGCUUAUGAGCGUGACUCAAUACGAUCAUUACUACAAACUUAUGACGCUGAACUAACUAUGACAUCACACACGACACAAUUAAACAAACGGUUGGAUAAUAUGACUUCCGUCAACAAGAAACUGCACGAUAGGAUUGUUGAAUUAGAAUUAGAAUCUCAGAGACACGUAGAAGACACCUUGCGUCACAAACUGCAAGUUAAGCAAAUGCAGUUGGGAGGAUCUUUAAGUUCGGGUCAAAAACAAGAAGAAAUGUCAAUUUCAUCAGUUUUAGAAGAAAAAUCAAAUGAAGUACUUGCUUUAAAAGAAAAGAUUACUUCAUUUGAGACUGAACGAACAAAUUUAAUGGAGAAGAUUGCAAACUUAGAAGCCUGGAUAGAACAAAGAAACUUAAAUGGGGAUUACAACCCAGACAAAACUAAGGUUCUACAUUUCACAAUGAACCCCGCUGACCUUGCCCACCAACAAUCGAAACGUGACAUCACAGAGUUAAAGGAACAAAAUGCAAAGUUACAACUCAAGCUUCGGCAACUUGAGGAAGGACAUGAAGUUUCAAUGUCUGAAAUUGAAUUUUCUAAAGAAGCCAAAACCAAGUUAAAUGCAGCUGAACUUAAGAACCAAAGACUAAAAGAAGUUUUUAGUAAAAAAAUUCAAGAAUUUCGACAAGUGUGUUAUUCACUGAUGGGCUUUCAAGUUGUAUGUUCUUCAGAUGGUAAAUUUAAACUACUUUCCAUGUAUGCUGAUUCUGAAACUGAUUGUCUAGAAUUUGAAGUAAAAAGCAGUGGUGAAAUCGAACUACUGGAAACUGAAUACACAAAAACUCUGACUGACUUAAUUUCUCUACACCUACACCAUCAAAACAGCAUACCCAUGUUUCUCAGUGCACUUACUGUUAAUUUAUUUGGCCAACAAACUAUGAUGGCGGACUGAAAUGAAAUACACACUAAUUUUCUUUAUAUUUUCAGAAUUUCGCAUCGUUUUACUUCAUCAGUUUAUCUAUAGUUGCACAAAAGAAUGGCUCUAAUUAAACCUUAAUUAGACAAAA